ACUGAGGCUCAUGGGAAAUUUUCAACUUUUCCAUACCUGUGUAAAUCUACCUUGUGAUGAAAGAAAAGCCUGUUUGUGUUUGGCGGUGUCAGUCAUUUGUGAGUGAAAAAUUAUCGUGUUUUCUCGUUUUUUUCACAUCUUAUGAAUUCACAAUGAUCAUCCCGGGAUCAAAGAUCAACAAAAAGAAUGGGGAGCCAGACGCCUUCGAGUCUCAGAUUGCCAAGACUCUCCUUGAGUUGGAGAUGGGAAGUGAUCUUAAGGCUCAGUUAAGAGAACUCUACAUUACUAAAGCAAAAGAAAUUGAUGUUGGAGGCAAAAAGUCAAUCAUCAUUUACGUGCCUAUGCCCCAAUUGCGAUUCUUCCAAAAAGUGCAAAUGAUCUUAGUGCGCGAAUUAGAGAAGAAAUUCAACGGCCGCCAUGUAGUAUUUGUAGGAGAUCGUAAAAUUAUCCCCAAGCCCAAGAAAGGUUCCCGCAGACCAAAUAAACAAAAGCGGCCCAUGAGCCGAACCUUGACAGUAGUGUAUGAUGCACUUUUAGAAGAUCUUGUAUUCCCUGCUGAAAUUGUUGGCAAAAGGAUAAGGGUGAAAUUAGAUGGCAAGAGGCUCAUGAAAGUUCAUCUCGAUAAGCUACAACAAACAAAUCUUGAACACAAGAUUGACACUUUCCAGUCUGUGUACAAACAGCUCACAGGACGAGACGUUGUCUUCGAGUUCCACGAACAUUACGUUUAAUAUGUGACUGCACCCCAUCAAGUUUUUAUACUGUAACAUCUGUUUUAAAAAAAAAUAAAAAUAAAAAAACUGAAAAAAAAUUUA